AUAUAUUGUAAAUGUAUAUUGUAAAUGUAUCGAUGACAGAUUAAAGCACAGUUUGUUACAAAAUCCUAUGUAAAUUUGUUAUUGAUCUAGCAAUUUAAUUUUGUUGCUUGUUUGUAAUGGAAAGAUAACGGAUACGUUUGAUAUGUUGAUAAUUGGCGAUUUAUUUUAUAGACGAUAUUUCUAUGAAUAAUUCUUGUGAUCCCAGAGAAUAAAAUGCUCCUGUAGGUGUUGUUGUCGCGUCGGAUCAAUGAAUUUCAAAAAUCACGACGGAUUGCUUUCACGAAUUUUUAUACGAACUUGAUGGUGAAUAUGAAUCAGUGAAACGUAUAAGUAUUCGAAUACGUUCGUUUUGUUAGUACCUUAUGUGUAUAUUGAAUUUUACAACCGACGAUUUAUUUUUAAUUAAGAAUUACUACUUUAAUUGGAUUACACAUAAGUAAACUUUAAUGUCACUGGAAAUUUAAUCUUCGUGAAGAGGCGGGCUUGAUAAAAUGAAACAAUAUACCGUGUGUGGAAUGUGAACAUGAUAACUACGAGUUAUCAUUUCCAAACUUCGAUUUGAACGAUGAAAAUCGUAGAUACAGCAAAAAGGAUUUAUAAUUAUAGCUGAUGGGAGUAAGAUAUUUCUAAGGACAGUGCACGUGCGGAACGAAAUUUUGAAUCAUCUGGGAAAUAUGAUUUGAAAUCAUUUUCUUUUACGAGAAAAUUGCAAAAUUUGUAAUUUUUCAGAAAAACAUAAUACAGUUUGUGCCUUUAACCUAAAGUGUGAUCUAGACGUUUACAAAAUGUUUGAAAACAUAAAUUCUGAAUUACUACCAAUAAAAGCCCAUUAUUUUUUAUUCAAUGCUGCCACUGGACCAAUAGUACCAUUUUUACCAACAAUUGCAAAACAAUUAGGCUUCUCUGGUUUUUUAGUGGGUACAAUAUAUACAAUACUACCAAUUUCGGGUUUAAUAGCUAAACCUUUGUUCGGUGGCUUGGCUGACAAAUUUAAGAUCCACAAAAUACUAUUCUUAAUAUUUCAAGCAGUAACUGCCAUAGCCAUGUUUACAAUACAUUUUAUUCCUGAAAUAGAUAAGAGUGCAAAUGUUACACUCACAUGUAAUGGUUACGGAUCGGUAGAAAUAUGUUCAAAAAAUGGAUUUUCAGACAGAGUUAUGCAUAAUGUAAUUACAGAAUAUCACUUGAAUGUAUCAUGUCAGAUGUCCUGUAAAGGUACAAAAGAAUUUUAUACUGAAAUAUGUGAGCAUUGGAAUGCAAGACAGUUUUGUAACUUAACAGACACAAGCAUUAUUUCAGAUUAUAAAACAUUUAAAUUUACUGUAGGAUUCGAUGAAUAUUACGACCUUAAUCUGAAGCAAUGUGUAGAUGUCCGUAUGCUUACUGCUACAUUCGAAGAUAAUAUAAUACAUAAACCAGCUUGUCAAAAUUAUGUUAAAACAACAUGUGCAACUACAUGUCAUAAUAAUUCAAUUUUUAAUCAACUUUUGGAAGAGGCUUAUAUUCCUUACAAUAGCACUCAGGUCUCAGGGUAUCAGUUUUAUUCAUUUCUCUGGGCAACUAUAAUUAGUUGGAUUGGAAUGGCAGUUGUAGUCAGUGUAGCAGAUGCUAUAUGUUUCAAUCUCCUUGGAACUGACAGAAGGAAAGAUUAUGGGAAACAAAAAAUGUGGGGCAGCAUUGGUUUUGGUAUUUUUGGAAUUAGUGCAGGAUAUUUAGUAGACUUAUUUAGCCAAGGAAAAUUGCAGAAAGAUUAUACUUGUAUAUUUUACAUUAUGCUGAUCAUUAUGAUAUUGGAUAUCAUAGCGUCAAUAACUUUAAAACAGAAAAAUCAAGAACACUCUGAGGACGUGUCAUCAAUAUUAUCGGAACUAUUUACCAUCUGUAAAGAGGGUAAUGUACUGGUAUUCGGAUGGUGGUGCAUAGGUGCUGGAAUGUGUACCGGUGUAAUAUGGAAUUUCCUAUUUUGGCACACCGAAGUCUUAGCAUCUGGUUCUCAAACAACAUGGCUGAAAACUUUACAAGGCCUUAUGACUGGUAUACAGUGCUUUUUAGGAGAGUUACCUUUUAAUUUUAUCUCGGGAAAUGUACUGCGAAAACUAGGUCAUGUAAAUAUUAUGGGUUUAGUCUUAUUGGUCUAUGCAAUUAGAUUUAUGGCAUACAGUACAAUACCAAACCCCUGGUGGUUCUUAAUUAUUGAAAUACUUCAUGGACCAUCUUUGGGUCUUUGUUGGCCUACUAUGGUGUCAUAUGGUGAUAAAGUAACACCGCCUGGUACUAAAGCCACUAUACAAGGAUUUAUUGGUGCUAUAUUUGAAGGAAUAGGCGUAUCAAGUGGUAGCUUAAUAUGUGGAUGGUUAAUGGACGUAUAUGGCGGUGUUACAACAUUCAGAGUUUUCUCAGUAGGUGCAUUACUAUGGUUAACCGUCUUUGGGCUAUUACAAUUGUAUCUCCGAAAACUUAAAACAUCGCCGAUACGUAUGGGCCAUAAUCAUUUGGCAAACUAUGCUAAUCCGGAAGAUGCAAUUCUUAUGACAAUGAGUCGCGAAUUUCAAACUUAUUAAUAAAAGACAAUAAAUUUUUUAGAAAUUCUAUACAUUUACUUAGCUGACUUACUUUGCAAUGGCUGUC